AUGCACUCAACAAGCCCAACCCCAUCGACAUCGAGUAUCAGCUCAUUUAUUUCUACAGGAACCCUGGAGUCACCGACCGAUUUCUCACCGGUUAAGUCUGGCUCCCCAACUGUCGAAUUGUCCUGCCGGGUCUGCGGCUCCGUCCCGGCAAUUCAUGUCUAUGGAUCGUACUGCUGCGGAGGCUGCAAAAUCUUCUUCCUGCGCUGCGCCGUCGGCGGCAAGCCAUUAAUGUGCACAAAGGGUGGACGCUGUGAAGAAGCCUCCGAAGGUGGCCUGAAAAAAUGCCGAGCCUGCCGUUAUCAGAAGUGCAUUCGGGUUGGACUACUGCCAAAUAUCCCCGGCCAACGCGCGCAACGCCGAAAGCUCGGCGAGCAAAAGCCGCAACUUGUCGGAAAAGUUGAGCAUGUCCCACAGCCAUCAACUCCCUGCACUCCUGCCCGGUCACCGCAAAAUUUCUGCCUCGAGCCCAACUACAAGGCCAUGGCGAUGACGCUGGCAGAGGUGAGUUGGAGAGAUCUCAGAUUUAUCGCUAUUUUCAGGAGUUGCGGCACAAAUGCAGAUGAGCUGAUGCAGAACUGGAAGCUGCCUACAAAGCUGAGCCAAAGCUCAUUCAUGCCGCGUUGCUGUGGUCGCGCGGUCGCGCACCUGGUCGAUUGGCUGAAAGCGACACCGGAAGUGUGGGCCCUUGACGACCAGGACCGGGUCUAUUUCUGCUCCCGACUAUUCCCGAUGCUCUUCCCGCUGCAGCUCUUCUAUUGUACCUACAAGCUGACCCGCGACGGGAUGUUGAGCUGGCAGACCGACUUUUUGGCGCUGUAUCCUGAGUUCGCCGAGGUACUCUCCCCGGGCGCCCUCAAUUUGCAUGCUCUUGUGAUGCGCAUCAAUGCUCUCGGUUUCUCCCAAGCCAGCGCCGAGGUCGUCCGAAAAGCGCGCGUAAAGUAUGAGGCUAUACUGGUUCAGCUAAUCCGUGAUCGUGUUCCGGACGACACCACAGCGCUACGGUACAUGAGCGACCUGUUGACGUUGCGGCAGACGUUAUGCAGCGGCAUGCUGAAGGAAACGCCAUACUACACCCGAGCUACCGUCCUCAAGCACCUCUUCAGCCCUCAAGACGGCCAGAUCAGCCCCGAGAUUUUUCUCGCUUCCCUGUCGACC